UCCCGGGGGGACGCGCGCUCCGUGGAGCCGCCGGCGCUCGGGGUCUCUCCGCCCCCCCCCCCCCCCCCCAUGGCCAAGCGGCGCGCGGAGCCGUUAGUGUGUCACGUGCCCAUCAAACGGCUCCUGCGCGAGCCGCUGCCCCGCGCUGCCGCGCCCGAGCGGCGCCCCCGGGGCGAAGCGGCGGGCGCCGGCCCUGCCGCCCCGAAGCGGAAGCUGGAGGAGGCUGAGGCGCCGCCGGGCAAGCGGCCUGGGCUGCGGGGGAGCAGCCCCCGCGGGGAGCAGGGGGAGGCGGGGGGCAGGCGGCGGCGGCGCGGCGGGCCCGCGGCGCCCCAGGACGAGCAGACGGCGGAGGUACGCGCCGGUGGCCGGGGCAAAGAGCAGGUCGCCGCCGCUGAGGAAGAAGAAGAAUUCUGCCAGUAUAACUCAUUCCUGUAUUGGAGAGCACCAUUGCCUGCUAUUGAUUUGUCUGAUAUUCAGAACCUAGAUGGAGACACUCUAUCAGAAGCUAAAACUCCUUCAAGGACUGAUACCAUGGAGACUGAAAUGGAGACCUGAUCAAUUGUUUCAUACUUGUACAUCUACUUGCAGGAAACUUGUUUCCAUUUGGAAUCAAUUUUUUUUUUAACUUGGGAGAAAAAAAGCAUGCUUCUGCCUUCUUGAAGAAACAAUGUUAUGUCAGUCUGCAAAAGCAAGUCUGAGCUGUCUAAGUGGAUGGGAUUACAUACCUAAUAGUAAGCUGUCUGGAGGUGUACAGUGUGAGGAGGCUAUGAUGUCUAGCAAGAACAUUUGAAAACAUGGAGGCAGGCUAAAAGAAGACUACAGGAAAUUCGAACUUUGGAAUGCAAUUAAAAGAAGCAAGUGGCUAUGUUACAUGUCAAAAGGAAAUGGAAAAUCAUUUUGCCUAUCUUGAACAAAAAGAUGUUUCUGUGGUACCUGAAAGUGAACUUAUCAUGUGAAUAUAUCAUAAAGCACACAAACUAGUGAUUUUUAAUGUGAGGUGUGUGUUUUGUUUUUUUUUUUCUGUGUAAUAGCUAAACCAAAAAAUAAGAGCCUACCAAAACCAGACAAAACAUUCCCUUUUCUAUGCAAACCAAAAAAAGUGUGACAGGGAGGGGGAAGGAAAAGGGUAUCUUUUCUUCUGUAGGCUGCCACUGUUCUGAAAGUUUUUCACAUUCUCUGUGUGAAAAAGUUUUUUCACCUUCUCCCUUUCACAUUACCCAAAGCAGUGGGCAGCCAGCUUUUAGGUUUUUUAGUUCAUUCUCAAGUUAAUGCUAUUCUUAUUCUCUGUGAUGUUAGCUCUGAACCAGUUGAUAACGUUGAAAUGGCAGGUGUGUGCAGAUGUGUUGAGAAGAAUUAAUGCAACAUGAAAUAACCAUAUACACUUUUUCAAACUUAACUGACUGAGGUGUAGUUUUUGCAGAGACUGUGAAUCUUGCAAAACUUUUUUUCAGAAGUUCAUUGAAUUAGUCUUUUUUGUUGUGAAAUGCAAACUUAAUGCUUGUCUUUCGUAAUUUAUUUACAAGAAAUACAAUUAGAAAUACUUUAAUAAUAGACAAGUUGUAUGGGCAGACUGUCAGACUUUGCAAAUGUCAUUUGUUUUCAAGGAUAGCAAACACUGUAUUUUUGCUGGAAUCAUUGAAGAAGGCAACUUGUGGGGUUUUUUAUUUUUUUUUUAAAUAAUGUAUUUGCUAAAGGACAAUAAAGUUUUGCCUGUGUGUAUUUGAAAACUUGGGACUAUUACUGUGUGAAGUACUUGACUUUAUUUCCUAAGAUUGUUGCUUCUGUAACUUUGUCAUUUUAUUAGGUCUUUUUGCUUAAAAUAGCUUAUCAGCCGCCUUAGUAAAAAUCUGUAAAAUUCUCAGUAUUUGUACUGUAAAGUAUCUGUAUUUGUUCCUUGCUUAUUGAUUGUUAGGAUCUCUUAGUACCCACAGAAGGAAGGAGCUGGCUUAGUGACUUAAGCAUUUCAUGGUGCUUGUUUGGGUAUGCUUCUGCCUGCUAUCAGAUUAGCUGGAUACAUAUUUAAA